GACAGGUGAAUUGAAGCGCGUGCACUGAGUCUUUCAGGAUGAGGCACGCACGCCGACAGCUUCAUUUUCCGCUCACUGUUUGUAUUCUACUGUUGAGUUCAGCAGGAGCACAGCGUGUAAACAAAGUAACCCCAAAAUUAGGAAGCAUCAAUGGAGCAACGAGAUUGACCAUAGAAGGUCAAGGUUUUGCUCAAGCAAGUCAGUUCAAUCUCAAUAAUGACCCAAACUUUGGAAACAGUGUGACUCUGGUGUCCCAUGUCAGAUCCUUUCCCUGUGAUGUCGAGAGAGAUUCAAGUCACUCCACAAAGAUCAUGUGUUACACGAGAGCUAUGCCAGAAGAUGACUAUCAGGUUCAGGUCAGUGUGGAUGGUGUGCCAGUUUCUUCCAGUCAGACUUGUUAUGGAUACCCGUGGAGUUACUGGUGCAUGUUCUAUAUCCGAUCAUACCGUACACCCAGCAUUCAAAGCAUCCGUCCACUCUCUGGUCCCCCAGGCACUGUUGUGACACUGCGAGGAAGAAUUUAUACCGAUGUAUAUGGAAGCAACACAGACAAAAGUUCCAAUGGCCUGGAUGUGAGAUUUUUAAGAUCAUACAUGGGAGGCAUGCCUUGUGAACUUCUAAAACCCAAUUCAGAUGAAAAGUAUGGACUCUACUUGGAUUCAGACACCAGCCAAUGGGGAUAUAUGAGCUGUAAAAUUUCUGGAACAUAUAUCGGUCAUCACAAUCUUAGUUACAUUCUGGACAGUGAAUAUGGGAGGAGCUUGCCAGACUUUGGAGUUUUCAGCAUCUCAGCACUGAACAAGCUUGCCAUGUUCCAGACCUAUGCAGAGGUGGCAGGAGUUUUUCCAUCUGAGGGCAGCAUGUUGGGCGGCACAUUGCUGACCAUUCAGGGACAAAACUUUGAUGAGACUGACCAGCCAGCUAUGGUCUCAGUAGGAGGUAAUGAAUGUCAGAUUCAGAAAGUAUCAAAUAACCAGAUUGUCUGUAUGACUCCGGCUUAUGAAAGGACCAAUAUGACAGUGUUUCCUGGUGGCCGAGGCUUUAAAAUGGAGAUGUGGAACAACUCUAAUCCAAACCUUCUAGAAGAUGUCCUCAAGUAUAACUCUAGUAGGCCUGGAUAUUCUGUCCAGUGGGUGGAUUCGCUGUCCUAUUUGUGGCCUGAUGAAAUUGAUUACUUUGUGGCACGAUUCAGUGGUUUCUUUGUUCCAAUGGAGACCGACAACUACUAUUUCCGAAUCAAAGCAGACGACCGAGGCCAAUUAUAUUUCAGCAAAACCGGUCUUCCCCAGGACAAGGUCAAGAUUGCAUAUCAGCCUUAUUAUACAAAUAGCUUCUUCACCUACAGCACCCAGAGGUCCGCGGUCAUGCGCUUAGAGAAGGGAAAACCGUACUACAUUGAGGUUCUAAUGCAGGAAUAUGCAGUAGUAGCAUCAGUAGAUGUGGGCUUUUUCAAAGAGGUCAGCCCUUUCACGGCACAGCAGACAAUAGAAUCUGUUAAUGAGAAACAGCAGAUUAACGCAUACUACACAAUACUACCUGAAAAACAGGUGGUUCGUUUUGAUGGAUGGACACCAGUAACUGCUGUAAAGGAGGUUCAAACUCUGAAAAUCAGCAGUGACUGUUUUUCUCAGAGCACAUGUGAAAACACAUACUACUUACUAGGAUAUGGAAAUCUUAAAACAGGACCGAUCCCCGUUAGUGCUUCAGCAAUGGAUUUGCAGAACACUCUGAAUGACUUGUGGACGAUUAAACCAGACAAUGUUACCGUAACAAAGCAGGAACUGGACACUGAGUUGGUGUACAAUGUGACAUUCAACUCUAAAAGAGGUGACUUUGAGGAUCUUGACUACCUGAUCAUCGACUCAGAUAUGAACAUCACAGUAACUGAAGCUGUGAAAGGGAAGGCCAGCAUGGAGACUUUCACACUGCUGUGGGCAGGAGUUCCAUCCCUCCCUCUGCCUUUCAAUGCUUCUGAAGCUGAGGUGCGUUCAGCACUCGAUAUGAUGAUCACCGCUAAAUGUCCAGCAGAGAUUCCAACAGCUGAGAACAGCAAUGUAAAAUUUUUCAGAGAUUAUGAGACGACCACUACAGGGUUUUCAGGUGAUCUAACCCGUAGAGGGGUCCUUGUUAAUGAUUCAGAAGCUUUCUGUGGACGCUGGUGUCUGAAAAAUCCUGAGAUUUUCUUCAAUGCCAAUGACACUACAGUAUCCGGUGCCAUCUAUAACCCAAUACUGCUGCAGCCAUACAUGUAUAACUCUAUCUGCUUGGCCUACAAAGGGAGUUUAAAGAAUGAACUGGGAAUAUUGUUCAGUUACGUAACUGCAAACACUUACCGGGAGGAAAGCACAUUUAUUUCUGUGCAGUUUGACUCAACAGAUGAGUGGAACUACAAGUGUGUGGAUCUUCUAGCCUCCAUACAGACAACCUACAUAGGCUCCAACUUUAAACUUCUACAGCUGAGCGUGUAUGGGGUGGACAGCAACUCUGUUUUCUUCAUUGAUGCUGUUCAAAUUGGACGUGCAACAGCGUUAGACUCCAAUGUUAUUCUCCACAGAAGAAGACCACCUGCUCUUGCCAGUUCAGGGCUUUUCCUUUCAAACAUCACCAUCAGCAAACGAACAAAUUCUUCUCAAAUCAGCUACGAGAUCACAGCGACACCUUACAACUGUGGCUUUGGUGUCCCACUCUUUGAAAUAGGUUUUCUGGAGAAGAUGCCAAGCAGCACAGGUGACCUGUUGAUUCAACGCCAAGGGAAUGCAACUGUCACCAUUAUUCGCCCUCAGAAAGCCAGUCCACCUCUUACAGGAACCUUUGACGUGGAGUUCAGUGGUCGAAGUGUCGAAGGUCUGGCUGUAGAUAUCAGCGCUGCAGAUCUGCAGUACGCUCUACAGGGGAUCCCAGAGCUCGGCCAGCUGCAGGUGCAGAGAUCAGGAAACUGUAAAGGAUACACCUGGAACAUCCAGUGGCUCACAAUUCCUGGAAACCAGCCUCUGAUAAAGAUCAAUGCUUCCAAUGUGAUUGGUGUGAACCCAUCGGUGACAUCACGAGAGGUCGAGCAAGGAGGCCUCUUCAAACAGAAAAUUAUGGGAGACUUUUUGCGUGUGCCUACAAAUAAACCACAGGUGCAAGUUUUCAUCAACGGUAUCCCAUCAUGGUGUUCAGGGGACUGUGGUUUCACCUGGAGUGAGUCAAAGACUCCGACAGUGACUGGGAUUUCUCCCACAGAAGGAUCCAGCAGUCUGGGAACAGUACUUACAAUAACUGGAUCUGGUUUUAAAGGUGGAAACAUUACUAUAAAGACUGGAGAUGCGGAGUGCUCUAUUCUGCAGGUCACCAAUACAUCUAUAACUUGCCAGGUGGGUCCUGCUAGUGCAGGUGUACAGCCAGUCUCUCUGAGUUUCUCUGUGUUGGGAAAUGCAAGAUACCCAAAUAACAACAGCUUUAACUUCACACACCUGUUAGGGGUGACUUCUAUUAACCCCACAACAGGAAGUGUGGCAGGAGGGACAGUUCUGACAGUGUCAGGCUAUGGAUUCAGUAACGAUGCUGCAGUCACCAUUGGCACUCAACCAUGUAACAUUAUAGAAGUGGAACUUUUUCAGCUGAGAUGCAUAGUUCCUGCUGGGUCGGAAAGUGAUCAGACUGUAACACUGAUUGCCGCAGAGAUGACAGCAAUAUUCAAUGGCUCCUUCACCUACAGCAACACUAUGACAGCCUUAAUCACAUCUGUGAGCCCACAAACAACAACAGUAUUUGGGUACAGGAAUCUUACCAUCUUGGGGACACAUUUUGGUGCGGCACCUAAUGACAUCUCUGUUCUGAUUGGCGAUGCUGAGUGUGAAUUGCUACAGUGGACCAAUGAAAGCAUCAGCUGUAUGUUACCCAUACUUCCUCCAGCUGUGUACAGUGUCAACGUCAGAGUUGGAAACCAGGGUUACCCCUUAACCAGUCCUGGUGUUAAUACCACUAUAGAGUAUGUUCUAGAGGUGACGGGUUUCUCUCCAUCUGUGGGGUCGCUAUUUGGAGGAACCACCAUAACAAUCGUGGGCUCUGGGUUCAGUCCUGACGUACAGGAACACAAUGUCACUCUGGGUGACACACAAUGUACAGUGACAGUCGCUUCAGAUGAUCAACUGGAGUGUGUGACCCAGUCUAGAGAUAAAACAUACACUGUGACGAACCAAGGAGUCCACUCCGUGUACGGUCAGGGUUAUGCCUGGAGCCCCUCUGCAUUAAUAACCUCGGUAGGAGACACAGUGGUUUGGCGAUGGGACGCACCAGCUUUUGUGCCCGGUCUGGCCUACAGUGUCUUCAGUGUGUCCAGUCCCAGCAGCACAGACUAUGAUGGCAUUACUUUCAGCAGCGGAGACAUACGAACUACCAAUGGGUUUUUCGCCUACCGUUUCACAUCUCCUGGAGUUUAUUACUACAGCAGCGGUUACAUUGACUCGGCCAAUCAGAAGACACUGCAGGGCGUGGUGACUGUUAUGCCUCUGGAGGAAAGCACUGUUGAGCUUCAGGUGUUUGUCACAGGAAUACAGGCCUCAGUGAAUUUAGGACAAAUGGAUUCAUCUUAUCCUAACUGUGUAGCCACCUCAGACUGUUACCAAGAUCAUCUGAUAUUUAAUAACACUUCAGAUAGUCUCUACUUCAGCUUUACGUCCUGUGCAACUCCCACUGUGGAUGACAUUACACCUGAUCAUGGCACCACACAUGCCAUUAUCAACAUAAGAGGAUCUGGCUUUAGCAAUAUUACCUGUGCAAAUGAGGUCAAAGUUGGAGAUAUUCCCUGCAGCAUCAUCAACAGCAGCUCCACUGAGAUCAACUGCCAGCUCAGUCCUGACAGCGGAGCACCAGUAGGCGUCCCUUUACCCAUUACUGUGCAAGUCAAUAAUCUUGGCAAUGGCAUCUUGACCAUGCCAAAAGAGAUUGACCGCAGAUUUGUGGUUCUCCCAGUGGUCGAUUCUAUCUUUCCAGUAGUAGGCAGCACCACAGGCUCCACACGUCUGUUCAUUUCUGGUUCUGGCUUCUUCAGUGGCUCAGUUAUGGUAGCAAAUGUUCCAUGCAAUGUGGUUUCCUUUGACUAUUCUCAAAUGGUUUGCGAUACUUCUCCAUCUGUAGCUCGCAGUGGAGGUGUCACAGUUUCCAUCAACUCCAUAUCUUCUACAUGCAGCUCUGAUUGCACAUUUGAAUAUUCAGGCUCUGUCACACCGCAGGUCUCCACAGUGUCUCCUAACUCAGUUAGUGGAAACUCCACCAGUGUUACAGUCACUGGCAGUGGAUUUGGGAACAAUCCUGCUGAUCUAAUGAUUUCUGCAGACAACAUCCUGCUAAAAGUCACAGAAGUUAAUGACAGCAGAAUUGAGGUUUUAGUUGGUGCCCUUCCUGCUGGCACACACACUCUAAAGGUGGUGGUCAUGAGCAAAGGUCUCGCCUCUGGAAGUGCCACACUUACCAGCAUAGCACAAGCCAGCAUCAACCCAACAUCAGGCAGCGUUGCUGGAGGAACUCUGCUCUUGAUCACAGGAAAUGGAUUUGUGGUGGGAAACACAACUGUGAAGCUUGGUAACUCCCUCUGCAAGAUUCUAGAUGUGACUCCAGACACAGUCAGGUGUUUAACGCCUCCUCGUGCUGAAGGACAGGUGCAGGUCAACAUUAAGGUCUUUGAUGUUGUGUAUCCACCUCAAAAUUUCAACUACUCCAGACAACAAACUCCAAACAUCACAUCAGUUACUCCUAAAACAGGUCCUGUUGGAACACAGAUCACCAUCUCUGGUUUUGGCUUUGGCACAGAUUCAGCACUUGUCUCCUUGAAGAUCGACAGCGUGGCUUGUAACAUCUCAUCCAUCACAGAUACGCAGUUGCUGUGCACUGUUGGGGAACACGCAGGAGGAACCUUCCCUGUUUUGUUCAAUCACCAGGUCAAAGGCUAUGCCUUGACCCAGUCAGUCUUCAAGUAUGAGCUGCUGCUUACAGGGGUCACACCAAAUGAGGGGAGUUACGCCGGAGGUGCCGUUGUUGCCAUUCAAGGCUCUGGAUUCGAUCCAAACAUCACUAAAGUCCUGAUCUGCAACAGAGAGUGUACCGUGCACCUGCAGGACUCCACAUCUACUCAACUCAACUGUGAAGUCCCACCUAACAAUGGAAGUGAAGCAUUGCGGGCCUGUGCGGUCAUUGUGAUGAAUGGAGGGGAUUCUGUAAACCUCACAAGUGGAUAUACUUACAGAUCAUCCCUGACCCCUGUUAUUACCAAUGUUAGACCACGCAGAGGAGGCACUGCUGGAGGCACCACGCUCACCAUUACUGGCUCAGGUUUCAGCUCAAAUAUCAGUGAAAUCGCCAUCACAAUCGCAGGCUCUGUCUGUGAUAUCCAGUCCACCAAUGAGACUCAGAUCAUCUGUGUGACCAACGCUGGGCCCAAAUCUCAAGAAACUCAAGUGCGAGUCCAAUUGGGGAACAGAGGAAUUGCCAGAAUGGAUAAUGCUUCCUUCUUCUACAUUGACGUCUGGUCAUCUCCCUACACAUGGGGUGGUCUCUCUCCCCCUGAAGAGGGAUCAUUUGCUGUUAUCACUGCUGGCCAGACCAUUCUUCUGGACACAAGCACUCCAAUCCUUAAGAUGCUGCUUAUCCAGGGUGGGCGACUGAUAUUUGAUGAGGCAGACAUUGAGCUGCAGGCGGAGAAUAUUCUGAUCACAGAUGGCGGAGCACUGCAGAUCGGAACAGAGCAGACGCCCUUCCAGCACAAGGCCAUCAUCACCCUGCAUGGACACCUGCGUUCUCCAGAACUACCUGUAUAUGGCACCAAGACACUGGGAGUCCGACAGGGCGUGCUGGAUCUGCAUGGAAUCCCUGUUCCUAUGACGUGGACUCGCCUUUCCCAGACUGCACAAAGCGGCUCCAGCACACUGACACUGAUGGAUGCCGUCACUUGGAAGAUUGGGGAUGAAAUUGUUAUUGCUUCCACAGGGCACAGACACAGUCAGGCAGAGAAUGAGUUGAAGAGAAUUGCCUCAGUUUCAGCUGAUGGUCGGACCCUCACUCUGACUGAACCACUGACAAACACUCAUCUGGGUGUGUCUGUCACACUGCCUGAUGGGACGGUUUUUGAAGCGAGAGCAGAGGUGGGCCUUCUUACCCGAAACAUUGUUGUCCGUGGAUCCAACAAUGUGGAGUGGAAUGAUCAGAUUAAAGCUUGCCCUGAUGGAUUCAACACAGGUGAAUUUGCCACCCAGACUUGUUUCCAGGGUAGAUUUGGAGAAGAAGUAGGAAGUGACCAGUUUGGCGGCUGCAUCAUGUUUCAUGCACCACAACCAAACCAAAAUCUGGCAAUUGGCAGAAUUGAAUAUGUUGAGCUCUUCAACGUUGGGCAGGCAUUCCGUCUGGGACGCUACCCAAUCCACUGGCAUCUAAUGGGGGAUGUUCAAUUCAAGUCAUAUGUACGUGGGUGUGGAAUCCACCAGUCCUACAACCGUGCUGUCACCAUCCACAACACUCACAACCUGCUGGUGGAACGGAACGUUAUCUACAAUAUCAUGGGUGGAGCCUUCUUUAUUGAGGAUGGCAUUGAGACCGGAAACAUCCUACAGUACAACCUGGCUGUUUUUGUAAAACAGAGUACUAGUUUACUAAAUGAUGAUGUGACCCCAGCUGGAUUCUGGGUCACCAACCCUAAUAACACCAUUAGGCACAAUGCCGCAGCUGGAGGGACUCACUUUGGCUUCUGGUACCGUAUGCAUGAUAAUCCUGAUGGCCCAUCUUAUGACCCCAACAUCUGUCAGAAAAGAGUGCCACUGGGACAGUUCUUCAACAAUACAGUGCAUUCGCAGGGUUGGUUUGGCUUGUGGAUUUUCCAAGAGUUUUUCCCCAUGCGCACCGGCAGCUGCAGUGCCUCAACACCAGCACCAGCAAUCUUCCGCCGCUUCACUUCCUGGAACAAUGAGAAAGGUGCAGAGUGGGUGAAUGUAGGAUCGGUUCAGUUCAGCGAGUUCCUGAUGGUCAAUAAUGAGAAGGCAGGAGUGGAGACCAAGAGGAUCAUCCGACAGUACGUCAGUGGAUGGGGACUAGAUGGAGGAGCCGCUGUGGUCAAUAGCACAAUCGUGGGUCAUGUGGAUGAACUUGGACUGGGAAGUGACUACUGCACCUAUCGUGGUGUUGUCCUGCCCUUGGAUGAUGGUAUGAGCAUCAUCAACACAAAGUUUGUGAACUUCAACCGUCCAUCGUGCGCUGCAGUCGGGGUGGCAGAGAUUAUAGGAACCUGCAUGUUCCGCUGUGGAGGCUGGAGCGCGAGGUUCAGUGGGAUACAGUACUAUCAGUCACCAAACAAGGCCUGGUUCAGAUGGGAACAUGAGGUGGCCCUAGUAGAUGUUGAUGGAUCACUGACAGGCAAUGUCAGCUACAAGGUGGUACCAACAAAUAGUUUGCUCGACCCAAGACACUGCUCUCCAGGAACAGAGUGGAGCAUUGGUGUUCCUGGUUCAGUGUGUGACAACACCAUUAACUUCCACCGCUUGGUCAUCGUCAAUCCCUCACCACCUUCACUCUUGUCUAAAGAUGUUGUUCUUACCAACUCUUAUGGUACAUGCGUGCUUCCUUUUCUUAAAAAACUUGUGACUCACACAAUGGGCUGGAUGGUAAUGUUGCCCACUGGUGAAACAUACAACUGGUACUUUAAUGGUGCAUCCCAAAUCACCAACAUCUCAUACAAUGGAAUGGUCUACGGAUUCCGGCCAGAAAAUUAUGUAAUUUUGAACCACAACCUGACCCAGGCACCUGAUCGGUUCCGCGUUAUAGAUGACAGAAAUGGUUCUUCCCAGGCCCUGAACCCCACUGCCAAUGUAAAUGGGGACUGGUACUUCAACCAGACAUCCAGAAAUGUCUAUUACAUGGUGUCUGGAAGAGACCGUUUGUCUAGCCGGAGGAGGAGGAACAGUGUGGACCGCUCACUUGUAGAUAGAGCACUCGACUUCAGAGUAUAUCAGUGUUAUUAUCCCAACUGUAUCCAGCCAGCCCCUCCACCCGUAGCCACCUCAGCCCCCACAAAUGGCCGUAGACCUGCAAACUCCAUAUUCUGGUCAAAUACUUCAUUUUGGAGGUCAAGCAUAGAGAACAACUUCACUGUGCCACAAGUAGGCUCUGAUGUGGUCAUUCCAUCUGGCAUUUGGGUGGUUGUGGAUGUUGUAGUCCCCUCCCUGAAUAAGCUAAAGAUAGUUGGAGUUUUAGAGAUUCCAGACACAAACAAUGACACCUCCAUGCAAUAUAACAAUGUUGUUCUGAAUGCCACAUACAUCUCCAUUCAGGGUGGGCGUCUGAUUGCCGGCUGGCCUGAUGCACCCUUCAGAGGUCAACUACAGAUCGUACUGAGAGGAAGCCAUACCACACCAGACUGGCUGUUACCAUCUGGACCAAACCAAGGAUCCAAAGUGCUGGGUGUGUUUGGAUCUCUUGACCUGUAUGGCAUGCCACACAACAUCUAUCACACUAAGUUGGCAAGCACAUCCCAGGCAGGGAACAGCUCUCUCUCUCUACAGGAGUCUGUGGACUGGAAGGUUGGGGAUAAGAUCCUGCUGUCCACCACCAGCUAUGACCCUUGGCAGACAGAAAUCCGCACCAUCACUGCUGUUUCUGAUUAUGGCCGCACACUGACACUGGACCAGCCUUUAACAUAUACACACAUUGGGGAGAGCUACAGUGUUCCAGGUACUUCAAGAAGUUAUCAGCUUGCAGGAAAUGUGGCUUUACUGACCAGGAACAUCCAAAUCAUUGGUCAGGAGUAUCCAGAAAUGUUCACACAGUCUUACGGAGCCAGAGUGCUGGUGGGAACCUUCUUUGUUGAUGGAAUAACCUUCAGAGGAAAAGCUCAGAUCAGAAAUGUUCAGUUUUAUCACACUGGACAGGAGGGAUGGAACGACCUGUCAGACCCACGAUACUCUCUGGUGUUUUUCAACCUGGAAUCGGUGGCUGGGGAGUCAUACAUCAAGGGAUGUUCGUUUCAUGACGGCUUUGCUCCUGCUAUUGGCGUUUUCGGAACAGAUGGACUGAGCAUUGAUGACAAUGUGAUCCAUCACACCGUUGGAGAAGGAAUCAGAGUCUGGGGAGACAGUAAUGUGGUUCGGAGGAACUUGGUUACUUUGACACUGUGGCCUGGAUCUUACAAUGGCAGAGCAGAGGAUUUCAACUUUCAGUGGAAUGCAGGAAUUGAGGUGAGUGAGGCCACCAAUGUGAUUCUUCAAGGAAAUAUUGUUGCUGGGUAUGAACGAGUGGGAUUCAGAAUUGAUGGAGAACCCUGCCCAGGAGUUUCAAAUCCAGUGGCACAGUGGAGUCAGAAUGAGGCACAUGGUGGGCUUUUUGGACUCUACAUGAAUAAAGACGGUCUUCCUGGUUGCUCCCAGAUCCAGGGCUUCAAUGUCUGGAGGAGCUUUGAUUUUGGCAUUUAUAUUCAAGUAUCCAUGAGUGUGUUGAUUUCUAAUGUAAGCCUGAUUGAUAAUGGAAUGGGAAUCAUAUCUUUAAUUUAUGAACCUCCCGCGGUCAGCCACAUGUAUUCUGACAAAACCGUUCGUGUGCAGGGUGCCCUGAUUGUCGGCAGCAGCCCCAACUUUAACUGUUUAGACAGUCUGUCCACGACUAUGACCUAUGUUUCAAUGAGUAGAGGUCAUGGGGCUCCACGUCCCCCCAACGGUGGCAGGUCUGGAGUUUGUUGGCCAACAUUUGAAUCUGGCCAUAAUCAUGCACCACAAAAGCCUCACCCUGGAUUAAUGAGCUACAAUGCAAUAACUGGUCUGAUGACUGUCUCUGACACAACGUUUGUUGGGUUCAAGAGUGUGUGUUCAACAGAGACAAAUUACAUGUUCAUGACCAACCCAGGAAAUGAAGAUCUGCAACAUCCAAUCAGUGUUGAAAGGAUAACUAAGAUAAACAGCACAGUGGACUGUCUAGCAUUCAUUCAUCGGCCUGAUGUUAGCAAGGCGAACCCAUCGGACUGUGUGGACAUGGACUGUGAUGCAAAGAAGAAGUCUUUGUUGAAGGACUUGGAUGGCAGUUUCCUGGGAGCUGUGGGAGCAGUGGUGCCCGAUUCUGAGUAUGAGUGGGAUGGGAACCCUCAGCAUGGACUGGGCGAUUACCGAAUCCCUAAAGUCAUGCUCACUUAUCUCAAUGGCAGCCGCAUACCUGUCAAUCAGAUCUCCCCUUACAAAGGUGUGAUCAAAAAUAACUGUACCUACAUGAGCACCUGGCAGAGCUACAAGUGCUUUGGGCUGAACUACAAGAUGCUGGUGAUCGAGAGUCUGGACGCUGACACUGAAACCAGGCGUCUUUCACCUGUCGCCAUCCUGGGGGACAAAUAUGUGGAUUUGAUCAAUGGCCCACAAGAUCACGGCUGGUGUGCUGGCUACACAUGCCAGAAGCGAGUUUCUCUCUUCCACGCCAUUGUUGCCACCAGUAAAUCCUUUGACAUCUAUUUCACCAGCACAACACCACAGAACUUAAGACUUAUGUUACUGAAUGCUGCCCCUACAGAGUCUGUCAGAGUGGCUGUAUUUUACUCAAACCCUCAGCGGUUGGAUGUAUAUGUUAACAAUAGUUUGGUUGGUCCAACAAAUGCUCAGUGGAAUGCCGGCAAAACUGACUACACACUGCUCGGGCCAACUUAUACAGGCCAAUAUGUACCCAGUUUCAAUGCCAGUCAUGGCUCCAACUUCUUUGACCAAGACUACAAAAUGAUGAACUUACUUCUGCGUGGCUCGGAUCCUGUACAAAUCCGCACCUCCCCAGUUCUGUUUGUGGCCUUCAACCUUCCGGCCAUGACUGAGGCAGAGUUCUUUGGGGCAAAUUUGAUCAACAAUCUGGCUGCAUUCCUGAAAAUUCCACCCUACAAAAUCCGAAUCACCAACAUUAUCCGUGAGGGAACUAAUGCCAGACGACGGCGCUCGACAGGACUGACAGUGCAGGUGGAGAUCAGGGAGCCGCCAGUUCAGACGACCACCAACAGCACCACAGAAGACACCCAACAGUUUGAUGUCCUGAAGAACAUUGCUGAUGAUCUGGGUCGUGCUGCUGUAUCCGGAAAUCUGAGUCAGUCCAUCGGGUUCAAUGUGUCAUCCAUGGGUAUCAUUCCUCCUCCACCCUCAUCCAGUGACCCAGCCUGGAAUAAUGUGGCCACUCAGGAAGUUACCCGUGCUGAUCAGCAGGUGGAGACGGUCAAGACUGUAUCGUCAUUGUUGGUGGUGGUUCAGCCGGAGGCCGGAUCAUCCCUUGGACUGCUCAAUGUUCAGCCAAGCAUCAUGGCUCUAGAUGCAGCGGGUGACUGUGUGUCUGUGGGAGUGACGUCUCUGACCCUCUCAGCUGUGCUCAAUGAUGCUAAUGGCAAUCCAGUUGAGGGGCUUUAUGGAAACACAACCAUCCCGUUUAGUGGCUGCUGGGCAAAUUACACAGACUUAGCCAUCUAUACAAGCGGUGAGAAUUUGAAAUUGGCCUUUACUUUAACUGAAUGGAAGGCAGAGUCCAGAUCCUUUACUCUGAGUUCACCUACAACACCAUCUAGUGUUGACGUCACUACACGUGAUGAUUUUCCCAGCAUCUUUGACUCCAGUCCAGCCAUCUCAACACUGUCUGUGUAUCUGCUCAUGCUGCUCUGUGCACUACUCCUCCUGCUCCAACACUAUGAGUGAUUAGACCAGUAAAGAGAUUACACAUACAUUAUGCUCAUAAUACAUAUUACAUUGUCUUCUCAUUAUUUGACACUAUCUAUACUCUUCGGUUGUUUUUAUAUAUAAUCACCUUCUGUAGGGUAUCUAAUUUUGGGUUAACAUAACUAUUUACUGAUUUAACAAGCACAUUCAGAAUAAUAACAAUACAAAUAAAUCUAUUCCUAUUGUUUCACUUUGUAAUAUACAUAUUCAAAUGCUUUGU